GGCAGAGCGGCGGCUGCCGGCGGUGGGAAGUCGCUCGUGGUCCUGCGCCCUCGCCGCACGCCGGGCGGGUCGGGGCGGCGCGGCGGCCGGCAUGGAACCGGUGCCCCGCGAGGAGAAGCCUAACCCGCUGCAGGAUGCCAACCUCUGCUCCCGGCUCUUUUUCUGGUGGUUGAAUCCCUUAUUUAUUAUUGGCCAUAAACGGAAGCUUGAAGAAGAUGAUAUGUAUAAAGUGAUGCCAGAAGAUUCCUCAGAAAAGCUUGGAGAGGAAUUGCAGUGGUACUGGGAUAAAGAGGUGCAAAAAGCAAAAAAGAGAGGAAAAACACCACAUUUAACAAAAGCCAUUAUUCUGUGUUACUGGAAGUCCUAUUUAGUUUUUGGAAUUUUCACAAUGAUUGAGGAAACCCUCAAAAUAGUUCAACCAAUUUUUUUGGGAAAAAUUAUUAGUUAUUUUGAAAACUAUGAUUCCUCAGAUGAGUUAGGUUUGAAUUUUGCAUAUUGCUACGCAGGUGCUCUGUCUGUGUGCACGCUUAUUCUGGCUACAAUGCACCACUUAUACUUCUAUCAUGUACAGCGGGCUGGCAUGAAGCUGAGGGUAGCCAUGUGUCACAUGAUUUAUCGGAAGGCACUUCGUCUCAGUAAUGUAGCUAUGGCGAAAACUACCACUGGUCAAAUAGUAAACCUGCUGUCAAAUGAUGUGAACAAAUUUGAUCAGGUAACAAUUUUCUUGCAUUUCUUGUGGGCUGGACCACUUCAAGCUAUAGCAGUAACAGUACUUCUCUGGAUGGAAAUAGGCCCAUCGUGUCUUGCAGGAAUGGCAGUUCUGAUUAUUCUUCUUCCUGUGCAGACCUGCAUCGGGAGGCUUUUCUCUUCCCUCAGAAGCAAAACAGCUGCCUUAACAGAUGUCAGGAUUAGGACCAUGAAUGAAGUGAUAAGCGGUAUGAAGAUAAUCAAGAUGUACGCUUGGGAAAAAUCGUUUGCAGAACUUGUGAAUGGUUUAAGAAGGAAGGAGAUUGCCAUGGUUAUGAAAAGCUCCUACCUUCGAGGACUGAACUUAGCCUCGUUCUUUGUGGCAAGCAAAAUAACAGUAUUUAUGACUUUCCUGGCAUAUGUCCUACUUGGCAACGUUAUCUCUGCGAGCAAGGUGUUUGUGGCAGUGUCCCUGUAUGGAGCAGUGAGGCUCACAGUGACCCUGUUCUUCCCUUCGGCUGUGGAGAGGGUGUCCGAGUCGGUGAUCAGCAUCCGACGAAUCAAGAACUUUCUGAUGCUUGAUGAGGUCUCAGACUUCAAGCCACAACUGCAUGGCAAUAAUGAAAAUAUCAUUCUUCAUGUUCAAGAUUUGACUUGCUAUUGGGAUAAGAGUUUAGAAACCCCAACACUUGAACAGAUUUCGUUUACUGUCAGACGAGGGGAGUUGUUGGCUGUGAUUGGUCCUGUAGGAGCUGGAAAAUCUUCGCUCUUAAGUGCCCUGCUUGGUGAACUGCCUAAAGACAAAGGUUUGAUAAAUGUUACUGGAAGAAUUGCCUAUGUUUCGCAGCAGCCUUGGGUGUUUCCUGGCACUGUAAGAAGUAAUAUACUGUUUGACAAGGCAUAUGAGAAAGAAAAAUAUGAAAAUGUUUUAAGAGUCUGUGCUCUUAAAAAGGACUUGGAAUUACUGGCAAAUGGUGACCUAACAGUAAUAGGAGAUCGUGGAGCUACUCUGAGUGGGGGACAGAAGGCCCGUGUAAACCUGGCCAGAGCUGUGUAUCAAGAUGCAGACAUCUAUCUUUUGGAUGAUCCACUGAGUGCAGUAGAUGCUGAAGUUGGAAGACAUUUGUUUGAAAAAUGUAUUUGUCAGGCCUUACAUCAGAAGAUUUCUGUUUUGGUCACUCACCAGUUGCAAUAUCUCCGUGCUGCAAAUCAGAUUAUAAUUUUAAAGGAUGGUAAAAUGGUGGGGAAAGGUACCUAUGCAGAGUUCCUGAGAUCUGGCAUCGACUUUGCUUCCCUUUUGAAAAAAGAUGAGGAGGUGGUAGAACAGCUGUCAGUUCCAGGAACCCCCAACCUGAAGCCUGCCCGGAACCGAACCUUCUCGGAGUCCUCAGUCUUGUCCCAGGAUUCGUCCGUCCACUCGCAGAAAGAUGGAGCCGUGGAACAACCACCUGGUGAAAAUGCGCUGGCUGCAGUGCCAGAGGAGAGUCGCCAUGAGGGAAAAAUAAACUUUAAAGUUUACAGAAAAUAUUUCAGUGCAGGAGCAAAUUACUUUGUGAUUUUUAUACUCUUAGUAUUUAAUAUUUUGGCACAGGUGGCCUAUGUGCUCCAGGACUGGUGGCUUUCUUACUGGGCAAAUCAUGAAGAAAAGUUGAAUCUCACAACAAAUGGAAAUAAUGGAACAAAUGAGACUGAUCAUCUAGACCUUAACUUUUAUUUGGGAAUUUAUGCAGGUUUAACAGUGGCUACCAUACUAUUUGGCAUAAUAAGAAGUCUUCUGGUGUUUCAAGUUCUUGUCAAUUCUGGUCAGAAUUUGCACAACAAAAUGUUUCAGUCCAUUUUGAAAGCUCCUGUCUUGUUUUUUGACAGAAAUCCUAUAGGAAGAAUCUUAAAUCGUUUCUCCAAAGAUAUUGGCCACUUGGAUGACUUGCUUCCAUUGACGUUCUUGGACUUCAUGCAGACUCUCCUGCAGAUUUUUGGUGUGGUGGCUGUGGCUGUGGCAGUGAUUCCUUGGAUACUCAUCCCCUUAAUUCCACUAUUUAUUCUUUUCAUUUUUCUUCGACGAUAUUUCUUAGACACUUCAAGAGAUAUUAAACGUCUAGAAUCCACAACUCGAAGUCCAGUGUUCUCCCACUUGUCAUCAUCCCUCCAGGGGCUUUGGACUAUUCGGGCUUUGAAAGCAGAGGAAAGAUUUCAAAAAUUAUUUGAUGCACACCAAGACCUCCACUCAGAGGCCUGGUUUCUCUUCUUGACAACCUCAAGGUGGUUUGCUGUGCGUCUGGAUGCCAUCUGUGCCAUUUUUGUAAUAGUGGUUGCUUUUGGUUCCCUGCUUCUUGCCAAGACUCUGAGUGCGGGGCAGGUUGGUUUGGCACUCUCCUAUGCAAUCACCCUCAUGGGAACAUUCCAGUGGGGUGUUAGACAAAGUGCUGAAGUUGAAAACCUGAUGAUAUCAGUAGAAAGAGUGAUGGAGUACACAGAACUUGAAAAAGAAGCUCCUUGGGAGACCAACAAACAUCCACCACCAGAAUGGCCUAACCAAGGAAUGAUAGCAUUUGAGAAUGUUAACUUCACUUACAGUCUAGAUGGACCAUUGGUUUUAAGGCAUUUGUCUGUUUUAAUUAAACCAAAAGAAAAGGUUGGAAUAGUGGGAAGAACUGGAGCUGGGAAAAGCUCUCUGAUAGCAGCCCUCUUUCGCCUGGCAGAACCUGAAGGAAGGAUUUGGAUUGAUAAGUACUUGACAUCAGAGCUGGGACUCCAUGACUUGCGGAAGAAAAUUUCGAUUAUACCUCAAGAGCCUGUUUUAUUUACUGGAACUAUGAGGAAAAACUUAGAUCCUUUCAAUGAAUACACCGAUGAAGAGCUGUGGAACGCCUUGGAAGAGGUGCAACUGAAGGAGGUUGUGGAAGAUCUGCCCAACAAAAUGGAGACACAGCUGGCAGAAUCUGGAUCUAAUUUUAGUGUUGGUCAGAGACAGCUGGUGUGUCUUGCCAGAGCAGUUCUAAAAAAAAAUCGUAUUCUUAUCAUUGAUGAAGCAACAGCAAAUGUGGACCCAAGAACAGAUGAGUUCAUUCAAAAGACCAUCCGUGAAACCUUUGCUCACUGCACAGUGCUGACCAUUGCACACCGCUUGAACACCAUUAUUGACAGUGAUAGGAUUAUGGUUUUAGAUGCGGGAAGACUGAAAGAAUAUGGUGAGCCUUACAUUUUGCUGCAAGAGCAAGACAGCUUGUUUUACAAAAUGGUGCAACAAGUGGGCAAGACUGAAGCGGCUGCUCUGAUUGAAACAGCAAAACGGGUAUACUUCAGUAAGAAUUACCCAGAAGUUGUUCAGAAUGGUCAGCUUGCCACAGACUCCUCCUUGGAUCCUUCCUCAGGAUUAUGCAUAACUGAAACUGCACUGUGAUUCCUCAUUGCCUUAACUGUUCUCUGUAGAAUGUAAACCUGAGAUCAUCUAAACUCAGCAACAAUGUUUGCAAGUGUCAGUGGGAGAGGAAAGGGAGGAGGGCGAUUCUUUGCACUGGACAUCCUUCAUAUUUAAUACUGAGAAGAAAAUUUUUACUGUCCCUGUUUCUUUCAUUUCAGUGCAAUAUGUUUUUCUUUCCAACUAAUUAUGUUUGUAUUGCUAAGGAAAUUAGACAGAUUGAGGUUUUAUUUGAAAGUUAUGUGGUAAAGAUCUCUUUUAUUUAAACAGGUGCAGGACACCUAACAAGUCUAGUGUGCAUAUUUGGAGCUUAGUAAAAUAAUUGGAAUGUGUCCUUUUUUUUUCUUUUAGAAAUGUUUGAGAGCAAGCAAAACCAAAAUUUUUUCCAUGUCAAUUUAGCAUCACAGCUCUGUCUGAACAGCAGAUUUGGUAGUGUGCAACUUACUUCUCUAGAGCAACUGUUUUUCUACCUGUCACAAGUACCUAUUCAGGCUGGUAGGAAAAAAACUUGAAGAAGCCAAACCCACUUUUUCUUUUUGAUAGAAAAGUACUAUAUGCGCUUUUUUUUCUUUUUUUUUUUUUUAAUGGACAGUUCAAAUAAUACUGUUCAAGAUGAAUGUAAAUAUUAGUUUUAUUUUGCUAAAAUCCAAAUGCUGAAAAAUCAAUCUCAAUCUUCUGUAUUUCAGGAGAAAGCUACCGCAUUUGCACUGAAGAAAUAUUUAAAUAAUUUAACAUACAUUCCUCUUUUUACCCAGGUUAUCAAAGAAAAAAAGGUAUUAAAAUAACUUGAGGAAAUGUUUGAAUGACGUGUCGUUAUACCUAAAUACUGUGUAGUACAAAGUUAUCUUCAACACAACACAUUGAAAUGUAUACAUUAUUUGCAUUUAUUGUGCCUUAAUAUUUGUGCCUUCAAGCCAAAGCUGUAACUGCAGGGUACACAACAAAUUCAUUAGAUAUAUGUUAAAAAUAUGUAACUUUAAUAUGUUUAAAAUUUGCAUCAGGGGUUCUGUUGAACUUCAGCUGUUUGAAGUUACCAUCCUGCCAGAAUAAGUAAGAAAAUACAAGCUGUAGUUUUGAAUGGCUGUUGCUGAUAGAGAGGAAUGCAGUGAGAGAGGGGUUCAAUAUUCAUAAGUUAUGUCCUGAUUCAGCAAAGCACUUUAACACAAAGGCACUAUUCCCAUGUUUAAAAAAUAAAUCGAGCAAGCGCGGUGCUGCUUCAGAUUUUUUCAAAUUUAGUGAGCUAUUCUUUGAGGUCCAGUAGAAAAUACAUCUAUUCAUCUUGCUGUUUAAAGGGCACAGGAGAAACUAAAAGGUUACAGAUUUCUUCAGGCCAUGGAAAAUAUUGUGCUUUUUUAAAAAUACUGAAGAUGCUUGCUAUUACCUUUGUAGUGCCAAACAAGUGUUAUUUACCCAAUACUCAUCCACUGGUCUAAAAGUAAGGCAAACACGAAUGUUUCUCAUUUCAAGCAGUUCUACCAGAUUAUAAUUUAGUCAGAUACAAAAUUACUUCUUACUGAGAAAUAAAUUGAGACCAAAGCCUCUGCCUCAGCACAGCCGCUCAUCUUGGACAUUUUCCUGCUCAGUGGAUGAGCCCAGUGGUGAGAGGCAGAAUCCUUAUUGCCCUGUUGCAGCAUCCUCCCUGCACUGGGGCUUGCUGUCCUGCUCUGAGAUCCCAGGAGAGAGGGGAUUGUGUCUGCAUUGCCACCAGCCAGCUUUCUGAGGGACCGGGGCAUUUGGAGCUUGUGGAGCAAACAUCAGGCCUCUGUGCUUGCUGGUAACAUUGUUACAUGGUUAGAACUCAGUAGGGGGGAGUGACAAAAUGAGAUGCUUUUGCCCCUAGCCUUUUUUUGUCAAGUCCUGACAUUCUCCUGCAGUGUGUAGCACCUCGUACUGUAACAAGUGCUGAGCUCGAUGGAACUGAGCUUCACACGGUGAUGUGCAGCAGGAGGCUUGUGCUACAUCUGAUGAUAAAAUACCAGCCAGCCAGCACGUGGCACAGAUGUGCUCGUGUAGGCAGUGCUUACGGCAGAACACACCAGCCACAUCCACUUUUUGUAUUGCUUGGCCCUUCUCUGAGCUGCUGCAGUCCACUUACACAGUGUCCGCUUACACAGUUACCAGCCUGUGUGUUCUGUGGCUAUUUUCUUUUCCAUUAAAGUUGGCUGAAAUAAGGAUAGAGCUGUUCUACAGCUGAGUGAGAGUGGUUGCAUUGCACAGGUAUGUGAAAGAUGUAAAGUUUAAAUGUGUAAAGUCACGUUAGAUAAUGCCUUUUUGGCAAGGAUCCAUGGAUCCAUGUCCAAACUCUGCUCAAGCUUUGCCAUGGAAAGACCUGGUUGGACUGGUGCAAAACACAGCUAAGGUGAGCUGACCAGUAAGGCAGUGCACUUCAUCAGGUUGGGAGUUUGACCUCCUUUGUUUAUCUUCUUUUUUGGAGCAGUGUGAAUAUAUUCAGUCCGUGUUCUGCAAUAUGGAAUUCUUAUUAUUUCUAAACAGUUAGUUCUUAUAGAAGAGGAAGUGUGACAUAUAAUACAGAGACUUUUGAAUACUCUAAGAGAAUAGUAAGUUCUCCUGGCCAUACAUACCUCGAGUUUAUAUUUUUUUAUCAGACCCAAGGAUAUCUGCGCGCGCAAACCAAGGGUAUAAUUACAGUUUUAGUUCAUUUCAGCUCUGAAAUGAAUCUAUGGGAAGUUAUAUUUCAGAGCACAACUCCAAAACGCUGGCUGCUGCAGACUCACUGGUAUGAGACCCUGAGAGAUCUAGCUAUCAGUCUAUAAGCUAGAAUUAAUUUGAUCCUGUAGCUUUUUGAAUGUGCACAAAAAUGUUAGGUAUCUCUGAAAAUGCUGAUUCUGCUUCUUCACGUGUUUUGGCAGGACACUGCUUGCUGUAGGUAUCAAAUAUCAAUAUAAGACAAAACAAAUUUUUUACAAAAUCACACUUGAAACCGAUAAAUUGCUGAGUAGAACAACUGAUAGCAAGCAAUUCAUGUCUGUUAUUGGCAUUAUUUCAUGUUCUUGGUUUAAAGCAACAAAAAUAUUUUCUUCAGGAAACUGGUUUUGCUGGUGUUGUUGAAAGCUGUUUUGUUCAGGUGUUUAUUAAGACCGACUGAUUAAGACCAUUUCAUUUUAGUUGGGUAAAAAAGGUGCAGUGUACCUGAACGGCAGAACUCCAAUCAUGGAAAGAAAAAGGCCUUCAUGUCCUGAAAGUCUUGGCCUGUUAAAUGAAUUAUCUUUCCAACUAGGUUUUUUAUGUUUUCUUAUAAAGAAAAAUUUAAGUAGUUUAAACUUCCAUUUUGAAAAAAUGUUCUGCUUUAUUUGGAAAUAGCAAAGCAGGUCACUCUAAGUUGCAUACCUUACUGGGGAUCUUGGAAAAAGAACUCAGUCUCCUGAGUUACUCAGCCUUUAAAAUAUUUCUUUGCCAUGUGGUGCCUUAAAGUAUUCCAGAGUCCUAUUUCUAAUAAAUAUAAUUUUAUACAGUAAUACUGAAAAUCAUCAGUUACAGAACUGUUGUUUCUUAGGUGUAAAAAUCUAGGAACAGCCUCUACUUCUGAUCUUGAGAACUGUUUUUCACACAUUUGUUUUGGCAUGUCUUUGCUCCACCCCUUCUCAAAAGACCAAUGUGAGCCAACAGAGCAUAUUGGCGUUUCCAAAGCCACAGUUCACCAGGAAUAGGCUAUGUUUUAUUUGUUCGCUUGUUUUAAGGACAAAAAUUCUCUUUUGUGAACUGCACCAUUUGCCAGAUGGGCAUAAUGUUCUGUGAUACCGUUUGUACUGCCCUUGGGAAGAGGGAGGACUUCCUGACCAGCCUCAGUAACCCUGGUUGCUUAAGUAAUGUUGAUGGUUUCUUUUAGCCUUCUCAAUACAUGUGUGAAAUAAGAUUGCAAAAAGAAUCAGAAGAAAUGCUGCUGCUUUUUUUUUUUUUUUUUUUUUUUUUUUUUUUUUUUUUUUGUUAAACACUGACCCUUUGAAACGUCUCACUUCACUUCAAAAUUUUGCCUUUUUUUUCUUUUUUUCUUUUUUUUUUUUUAAGGGGGAAAGAAAGAGUUGAAAUCAGUUCUUUCCUGGUGAUGAGCGUGACAGUUUUGCAGAAGAUGUGGCUUUCUGUGUGUGUUUUACAUUGUGUAACAGCUCACUGCUUUUUUCAUCAUUUUAACUCUGGUUUUGUUUUGGUUUGGUUCUUCCAUUUGUUUAAUAAUUUGAUUUUGGUAUUGCUAUGGAAUGAUUUCUUUGUGGACGUUCACGUGACAACUGCUGUCAUACAA